UUGUUUUUUUUUUUUUAUUUUGUGAGAAAAAAUGGAAUUGAUUAAAACCGCACCCAUAUUUCUGCUUAUCGUAUCAUCUCUAGCCCAAUAUGAUAGCUACGAGGGAUACGAAGGCUACCACCACAAGCAGCUAGUUCAUCAUGAACCCUUGGAUGACCAUCACAGCGAAGAAUAUGAUGUGGAUUAUCAUGCGCAUCCUAAAUACUCUUUUGAUUACUCCGUCAAAGACCCGCACACCGGUGACGAUAAGGAACACUGGGAGACCAGAGAUGGUGACAAAGUUAAAGGAUCAUACACGGUCGUCGAAACUGAUGGAACGAAACGCAUAGUGGAAUACGAGGCAGACGAUAAGAACGGUUUUAAUGCCAUCGUCCACAAAAUUGGCACUCCAAAUAAAGAGCACGAGGAAUACAUUGCCAAACCUAAUUACGAAGAAUACAAUAUCAAGCAGGAAUACGAGGAAUACAAGCCGAAACCAGUUUACGAGGGUUACUCUCAUGACGAUUACCAACAAUUAGAUGGUGGCUUUGUGCCAAUUGUUGGUAAUUACGAACACUAAAUAAAAACACAAUAUUUGGCACGUUUUCUUCGAUGAAUAGAAGUUACUAACUAUGCAAUAUAUAUAUUUAAGACCUGCUUAAAUUACGCUCUACUUUUCAAAGUCUAGUUUCAAAAUAAACUAUUUGUUGCGUGUUAAAACUUAUAUACUAUAAAUGCCAAAUAAUGAAAGAUUAUGAAAGCUUCAAGAAAAUAGAUUAAUUAUAUAUAUUGCAAAGUUUACCCGAUACGAAUUUUCUCCAACUGAAUUUUACUAUAGAAAAAAACCUGCACCUAAGAAAAUUUAGAUUAUUUGUAUUCAGUAUUAUCAUUUGAUUUGUUAACUAGUUUUUAAGAUGUUCUGACUGGUUGAUUGCCUAUUUGAAAUAACCUGACUCUACCCACAUUCGAUAUUAUUGCCUGAUAGUUUAGACUUCAAAUCACUGUAAGAAGAUUUUUUGGUUUAUCCGAGCAUAGUAACAUAGAUCAUUCCUAUAUCUAGAUAGAGUGUCGAGCUACAAAAGAACUAAAACAAACGAGCCAACUUUAUAAUGUUGGUGUGCGUGACAGCUUCGCUUGACACUCGCCCAACGUCAUACAACUUUGCUAGUUUGCGAGCACUUAGUGUCCACAGCAGUACAGUUGGCCACUACUUUUUUCGACUCGUUCUCAGCUUUGACAGUCUAUCUAGACAUAUAAAUCCUACUUUCGGCCUAUAAUUUUCUAAAUCACUUGAGUGUUGCACAAUAACUUUAGUUCUACUAUUAUCAUAUGUCUUACUUAUAAAGCCGUCUAGCGGGACUUUAGUUAAACACCGAUAUCUCUCUUUCUCAUCAUCGAUUUCUCAUUGGAAAGAAAGAGACAUAACAUUGUUUAACUAAUUACACCUUAUACAAAAAUUAUAAGUAAAACCGUUGAUACCAUUCUAAAAUAAGCUUAAACUAUUCUUGGCCAGUGUACUUUGUAAGUAGACUCAAUGUGUGCAUGGAUUUGAGUAAUGCUUUUGAAGUGCUAUUUAUUAGAUAUGCUUUAAACAUUUAAGAAUUAUGUUAUUGUUUUCUUUGAUUUUAUGAGACUGUAUCGUGUUAAAAUUUUUAGUAAUAAGAAUUGUACAAAACCUUGCGAUUGAAUAAACCUUUUUUAUAUCGUU